AUGGGAAUCAAAGGCCUUACUUCACUGCUCACGGACGAGGCGCCGUCGUGCAUCAAGCAGUUUGAUAUCAAGACGCUUUUUGGGCGCAAGGUGGCGAUCGAUGCGUCGAUGAGCCUGUAUCAGUUCCUGAUUGCCGUGCGCCAGGCCGACGGGCAGCAGAUGAUGUCGGAAUCUGGCGAGGUGACGAGCCAUUUGCUUGGAUUCUUUUACAGGACGCUUCGUAUGGUCGACUAUGGCAUCAAGCCUGCGUACGUCUUUGACGGAAAGCCGCCGGACCUGAAAAAAGAGGUGCUCGUCAAGCGUUUCGGCAAGCGCGAAGAGGCACGCGAGCAAGAGGAGGAGAACAAAGAUAUCGCCGACAACCAAAUGCUCGACCAGCUUGCACGUCGGCAAGUGCGUCCCACGCGCGAGCACAAUGCCGAGGUGCAGCGCCUGCUCACGCUGAUGGGCAUCCCAUGGGUCGUGGCGCCGUCUGAGGCCGAGGCGCAGUGUGCUGAGCUGGCGCGUGCUGGCAAGGUGUAUGGCGCUGGCUCCGAAGAUAUGGAUACGCUGACGUUCGGCACGCCGAUCCUGCUGAAGAAUCUGACGGCGAGCGAGCAAAAGAAGCUGCCUGUUACAGAAAUUAAUCUGGAAAAGGCGCUUGAGGAGCUCGACAUGCCCAAGGAGCAGUUUGUCGACCUCUGCCUCUUGCUGGGUUGCGACUACUUGGACCCUGUCCGCGGUGUCGGGCCAAAGAAAGCACUCAAGCUUAUCCAAGAGUUCAGGUCGCUCGACCGCGUCCUCGAGCACCUCCAACAGGUCGAGGCAGAAAAAGAGCAGAAGAAGAAGCCUGCACCGGAGCCGAAGCACGAGCCUGCAUCCGACGCAGAGAGCGACAAGGAGAUUGAGGCUGCGCCCAAGAAGCGCGUGGGUGGGAUUCACGUCCCUGAAUUCUGGCCCUACGAAGAAGCGCGCCAACUAUUUCAUCACCCUGACGUCACCGACGGCACCCAAGUGGAGCUCAAAUGGGAACAGCCCAAGACCGAGGAGCUCGUCCAGUUCCUCUGUGGAGACAAAGGAUUCAGUGAGGAACGUGUUCGUCGCGGAUGCGAGAAGCUUGCCAAGGCCGUCGGACAGAAACAGCAAGGGCGCCUCGAUGGAUUUUUCACGUAA